AUGGAGCAAGGCUUGCUUGCAAAAGAAGAGAAAGAGGCGACAACCGGUGUGGAGUUUAGGGAAGAGGGAGGAAGGCUUGGGAGAGUGGCAGUACCAAUGGUUGUUGUUUCUGUGGUGCAGUAUAUGAUUAAUGUGAUAUCGAUGAUGUUGGUGGGGCAUCUCGGCGAGCUACCGCUGGCUGGAGCCUCUAUUGCUGCCUCUCUCACCAGUGUUACUGGCUUUACUAUUCUGAUUGGGAUGGCAAGUGCAUUGGAAACUCUAUGUGGCCAAGCAUAUGGAGCACAGCAAUACCAGAAACUUGGAAUACACACAUACAGUGCCAUCUAUUCUCUUAUAUUAGUCAGCCUUCCCAUUUCUAUUAUUUGGCUAUCACUGGGGAAAUUGCUUCUGUUCAUUGGUCAAGAUCCACAAAUCUCAGAGGAAGCAGGAAAGUAUGCAGUGUGGACUAUCCCAGCAAUCUUUGCCUAUGCCAUAUCUCAACCGUUGAUGAAGUUUCUACAGUCACAAAGUGUCAUUCUUCCCAUGCUUCUUAGCUCUAUAGCAACUCUUUGCUUUCACAUACCAGUCUCUUGGUUUUUGGUUUUCAAGUCCGGACUUGGAACUGUUGGGGCUGCUCUUUCCAUAAGCAUAUCAUACUGGAUGAAUACAAUUUUGCUUGGACUUUAUAUAUUUCAGUCUACUUCUUGCAAGAAGAUCUCCUUGUCGCUUUUAAAGGAGGCUUUCAACGGAAUUAAUGAGUUCUUAAGGCUUGCAUGCCCGACAGCAGUCAUGAUUUGUCUGGAAUACUGGUCAUUUGAAAUGCUGGUUCUUCUUUCUGGCCUCUUACCAAAACCAAAAUUGGAAACCUCUGUGCUUUCAAUAUGUCUCACAACCAUAUCACUGCUUUACAACAUUCCAUAUGGACUCGGAGCUUCAGCUAGCACAAGGAUAGCUAACGAAUUAGGAGCUGCAAAUCCGAAAGGAGCACGCUUAGCUGUACAUGUUGUGAUGUUUAUUACAGUGAUGGAGGCCAUCAUAACAAGUGUGACUUUGUUCUCCAUGCGUUACAUCCUGGGUUAUGCUUACAGCAAUGAGAAGGAGGUAGCAGAUUACGUUAAGGAUAUGGUUCCUUUGGUAUGUCUAUCAGUGUUCAUGGAUAGUCUUCAAGGUGUUCUGUCAGGUGUUGCUAGAGGAUGCGGAUGGCAGCAUAUUGGUGCUUAUGUAAACCUCUUCGCCUUUUAUCUGAUUGGAAUCCCAACAGCUGUGGUCCUUGGUUUUGUAUUGCACAUUGGAGGGAAGGGGCUUUGGGUUGGUAUACUCUGUGGAUCAACGGCACAAACAAUCUUGCUUUCUGUUGUGACAAUUUUUACAAACUGGGAGCAGCAGGCUAAUAGGGCAAGAGAGAGAUUGUUUGAUGAAACAGUAUCGUUGGUGAAUGACAGCAACACCUCUCCGAAAACUUCAUCAAUGAUAUGCCUCGUUGAGUUUCAACCUGCAAAGGCAAAUACUAAGUCCGCCGGUAACACUAGAAAUCCUUCGGAAAUUCUCUCUUUCCGGCAAAAUACCAGCGAAAAUUGUUUCGAUGGUAAUUCGCGCGUCAGUAAAUCUAAACUGGCGAAAUGUUCCACCGGAAAUGUUUCUGGCGGUGUUUCCGGCGCAUCCCGGUGCCAAAACAAUGUGAAACCGGCGUCUUUUAUGUUAGAAAAUUCUGGCGCUUUCUUCGCCGGUAUCUCUGGCGAAAAUUGUACUCCAGAAAUACCGGCGGAUAAUCUGCCACCUUCAAUCGUCGCACUAUUAUCGACGGAGAUUACCGGCAGAUAUUCCGCCGAAAAGUCCGGUGCAAAUGUACAUGAGAAACGAUGA